AUGCUAAUGCUCGACACCGGCGGUCUCGAGCGGGUGGCCGACACACGCACCGCGGCGCCGAAUUUAUUCCUCUCCACCCCCCUCGCUCUCACCCUCGUAGGUACGCCCGGGGACGUACGGCGGUCCAUCCAUGCGUGCGGGACGGGCUCCGUUGGCGAAUGGGCGCGCAUUCCUGGGUGCCUGUGGGUAAGCCGUGCUAAUGCUCGACACCGGCGGUCUCGACGCGCUCUCGUCGGCGCAUCUCGAGCGGGUGGCCGACCCACGCGCCGCGGCACCGAAUUCUUUGCACCUCCUCGUCCUUCGGGCGACGUUUCCCCGUAUGCGUAUGCGCGCACGGGGUUUUACCCGCUCGUCGGGGCGGACGCACGGGGCCCUUACUACCCCGGUGCGGCCCUCCAAUUUCGUUCCUCCCCGCGUCGACAGCCGAUCGGCGUGGGCCUCAUACAGCGACUACCUCCCAAGGCAGAGAUAAUUUGCUUUCCCUCCUGUUGCUUCCCACGAGCCGAUUGGCAAUUCCGCACGGCUCCGUUGGUCGCUGGUCAGGGCGACUCGACUCGUGAGGCGAUUGAUAGAUGGGUCGAGGACGGAUGCGAGCAGACGCGAGGGGCCGCUGUUUCCUAUGCAGUGCGCGGUUCGCUCGCCGCCCCCUAG